AUGGGGCUUUAUUGCAAGAGUUCGUCAGCAUCUUUCUCAACCUUGUGCCUCCUUUAUAUUAUUCAUUUCUUGUGCUUCAACUCGCCAGCAGCCUCUGCCAUUCACAGGAACAAUGUGACAGAUCGACUUGCAUUGUUGGAACUCAAGGCCAAAAUAAGUAACGACCCUUUUGGGGUCAUGAGCUCAUGGAAUAGCACUCUUCGCUUCUGCCGCUGGUAUGGGGUCACCUGUGGGCGAAGACACCAAAGAGUCACAAGGUUAGACCUACAAUCCCUCAAACUUUCAGGUUCCAUAUCACCACAUGUUGGUAAUUUGAGCUUCUUACGGAAGUUGAUCCUCGCAAACAAUAGCUUCAGCCACGAGAUCCCUCCUCAGAUUGGCCGUUUACGCAGACUGCGAACGUUGUCUCUUUUUGACAAUUCAAUUGAUGGCCAAAUUCCUCCCAGCAUAUCUAACUGUUCAAACCUUAUUAUCUUUGAUUUGGCUAACAACAAUCUUGUAGGGGAAAUCCCAGAGGAGCUUGGUUCCUUGCUGAUGCUAAAAUACUUCAAUAUAUAUGGCAGUAAUUUAAUAGGGACUCUCCCACCAUCUUUCGGGAAUCUGUCGUCCCUUCAGAUGCUUUAUGCAUCUAAAAAUCAUUUGAAAGGAAAUCUCCCAGAAAAUUUAGGCCAAAUGAAGAGUCUAUGGCUUUUAUCAAUUUUUGAAAAUGGAUUUUCGGGUACCAUCCCUUCCUCCAUCUUCAAUCUUUCUUUGAUCAAGGUUUUAGACCUGUCAUCUAACCAAUUCCAAGGGAACCUUCCCUUGAGCAUUGGAAACUCUCUUCCAAAUCUCCAAUUUUUUUCUAUCGCUGAUAAUCUAUUCACUGGCACCAUUCCAACUUCAAUUUCUAACGCCUCAAAUCUAGAAUUUCUUGAUCUACCCGUAAAUAAUCUCACCGGAAAAGUGCCUUCUCUUGACAAGUUAAAUGGACUUUCAGAAUUAGGGAUUGGUGGCAACAAUUUAGGAAGUGGGAAAGCUGAUGACUUGAGAUUUCUAUCCACUUUAACGAAUGCCACAGCUUUAGGACACCUACAAAUAGCCGAAAACAACUUUGGAGGGGAACUUCCUGAACACAUUGCCAACUUUUCAAAACAGCUCCACUUCUUUGACAUAGGAAACAAUCAGAUAUCUGGAAACAUCCCAGAUGUAAUACAGGUUCUUGUUAACUUGGAAGUUUUCAAUGCAGUAGCGAACAAACUCUCAGGUACAAUUCCAUCUGGCAUUGGACAGCUUCAAAAUCUAAAAAAACUUAACCUUGGAGGAAAUAAUUUGUCGGGAUAUAUUCCAUCAUCUCUGGGAAACCUGACAAAUUUACUUGAAAUUGAUUUAGAUAACAAUAAUCUUCAAGGAACCAUCCCUACCAGUCUGGGCAGGUGCAAAAAAUUGCUCACACUUGAUUUUUCUAGAAACAAUCUUAGUGGUCCCAUACCCCCACAAGUUAUUGGACUUUCCUCUUUGUCAAUAGUUUUUAAUUUGUCCAUAAAUAAUUUGUCUGGUUCCCUUCCAAAAGAAGUAGAAAAUUUGAAGAAUCUAGGAACCCUUGCCAUUAAUGAGAACAUGUUGUCAGGGGAGAUUCCCAGUGGUCUUGGCAGUUGUACAAGUCUAGAAUUGUUAUUCAUGAGUGCCAACUUGUUCCAAGGGUCCAUUCCUUCCUCUUUGGGCAUGGUACCGGUAGAAGGAAUUUUCAAGAAUUCUAGUGCUACCUUUAUGGUAGGAAAUAAAAAUCUAUGUGGCGGCAGGCCUGAUUUUGGACUGCCUGUGUGCAAGUUUGAACAAUCAAUGAGAAGACCAACUGCAAAAUUGAAGAUCAUAAUUUCUAUGGUUUUUGUGGUUAUAGGCGUUGCACUUUUGCUUGUUUCUUUGCUUCUUUGGCGCCAUUCAAGAAAGAGAAGAAGAGAAUCUACAUCACAAUUUGAUGGCAAUUCACUAUUGAAGUUGUCAUAUAAAAGUCUGCUUAAAGCCACCAAUGGAUUCUCUUCAGAUAAUUUAAUUGGUAUUGGUAGCUUUGGAUCUGUAUAUAAAGGAAUUCUUAAUCAAGAAGAAAUGGUAGUUGCAGUUAAGGUGCUUAACCUGAUGCGAAGAGGAGCUUCAAAGAGUUUUAUAACCGAAUGUGAGGCCUUACGAAAUGUCAGGCAUCGAAAUCUUGUGAAAGUACUCACAGCUUGUUCAGGAGUUGAUUAUCAUGGCAAUGAUUUCAAAGCAUUGGUUUAUGAUUUCAUGGUUAAUGGGAGCUUAGAUGUCUGGUUGCAUCCAACUCUUGGAUUAGAUGAGGUGCCAAGGACUUUAAAUGUUAUCCAAAGAUUGAAUAUCGCUAUUGAUGUUGCUUCUGCACUUGAGUAUCUUCAUUGUCAUUGUGGAACACCAAUUGUUCAUUGUGAUCUAAAACCAAGUAAUGUCCUUCUCAAUGAAGAUAUGAUCGGACAUAUAAGUGAUUUUGGGUUAGUAAAGUUCCUUUCUAUUGGGAUGCUUAACUGUUCAACGAAUCAAUCUAGCUCACUUGGAAUAAGAGGAACUAUUGGUUAUUGCCCUCCAGAAUAUGGUGUGGGAAGUGAGGUAUCAACACAAGGUGACGUAUAUAGUUUUGGCAUACUUUUGUUGGAGAUGUUCACAGGAAAGAGGCCAACUGAUGACACGUUCAAAGAGAAUUUGAACCUUCACAAUUUUGUCAAAAGAGGUUUGCUAGAACAAGUGAAAGAGAUUAUAGAUCCCAACCUUUUUCAGAUGCAACUCAAUGCAGACACAACACAAAAUCAUAACCACAAUUUUAUGAUUAGGAGAAACAACAUAUUCAUUGAAUGCUUGAUUUCAACAUUAGAAAUUGGAAUCUCUUGUUCUAUGGAAUCACCACAAGAGCGCAUGAAUAUGAGUGAUGUUGUUGCUCAGCUCUCUUCUAUUAGAAACAAACUUGUUGGAACUAGAUUACCCAGGGAGAGAGAAACUGUAAGUGCACUUCAAGUGGCAGGUAAAUAAUUCUAUUCUUUUGUUGAAAUACAGAAUGAAACUUGUCAUAUGCGUAUAACAAAAUCUAAUAUGAUACUCAAAAAGAUUUUGAUAUUUCGUUUGUAAUAUCUGUUACAUAUUUCAUCGCAGGUACUAAAGAUUGAUCACUUCAAAGCUGAAUGUUCCUUAGUCUAUGUAAUCUCCCCAAUUAGUUGUAUUUGGU